CUUAAAUAUAUGGUUGCUUACAGCUAAGUAUAGAUAUAUAGAUAUGGGUUGCUAUUAAAAUAUUUGUAUUAAUGCACUUUAAUCCACAAGGCAUAAGUUUUGGGUAGUUAGCUGAAAUAAGUCAGUGUCAAGUUGUUUACAGACUAAAUUGACAUUUCCGUUCCCCUACAAAAUAAAAGCAUACCGUUAGGACCAAAACAAGUUUUAUAGCGUUAACGUUAACAAUGUGAAAGCACCUACACUGUAUGCGCAUCUAACCGAUAUCUGCGGUGCCAGGCUACAUACGACGUACAAUAUUUUAUUUUUUUUAAAGCUCGAAAUCUCCAUCAACACAGCGAAGCAACUAUAGGAGGCUUGUUUUUGUCGCUCAGGGGAACCAACCAUAGUUUGUGUCGCUAGCUUAGCUAUCCCAGCCUGCUAGCGAGUGAUUUACCAGCAUGCUAAUGGGGACAGUUUAACCGCAGCACACUGCAGUGAGUCUCUCCUGUCGUAGUCCGUAGAGGUUCCAGCAGAGCUGAAAUCCGCCGAGCCAUGCGACAGUGGUCUGUCCCCACUGCGACCCCCCGCGCCGAGCCACUCCCGGGGUGCCUGUCCGUGUCACCCCCUCCAUCAGUCCCCAGGAUGGAGGGAGGCGAGGUGGAGCCACGCUACACCAUUGAGCAGAUCGACCUCCUGCAGCGCCUACGCCUCUCCGGCAUGACCAAGCCUCAGAUCAUCCACGCCUUGGAAUCCCUGGAGAGGCUGGACCCGGAGCAUCGCCUGCCACACUGCGACUCUCACCCAGCUCCGUCCAACAACGGCGCCCCCGCCACAGCAGCUCCGGCCCAGUCCUCGUCUUCGUCGUCCUCCUCUUCCUCCUCGCUCUCCCUGGCCUCUGCCACCACGCAGACCUCUGGCCUGGAUGGCGCCGCCCUAUCCCCCAGCAACAGCUACGAGGCCUCGCCGCCUCCCCUGUAUCCCCCCAGUGUGGUGGUGCAGCGGGCGUUCAGCUACGACAUCAUGGGGGAGGAGGAGUGGGACCUGGAGGAGAAGGUGGAGGAGUACAUGAGGAGAGACAGCAACCUGGUGAAAGAGGAGAUCAAAACUUUCCUGAACAAUCGGCGGAUCUCUCAGGCAAUCGUAGGCCAAGUUACAGGCAUCAGCCAGAGCUACAUCUCCCAGUGGCUGCUGCAGCAAGGGCUGGAGAUGAGCGACUCCAAGCGCAGGGCCUUUUACCGCUGGUACCUGCUGGAGAGGAACAAUCCAGGCCUGAGGUGGAGUGAAAGCCAGCACAGCGUGAGUCCUAUGCCCAGGGCCAGGGGAGGGGACAGAGAUGGGACGGUAGCAGGGGCGAGCGGCAGCCUCCCCAACAUCUUCCCCAACCCCAACACCAACCUGAUGCCCAACCACAACCCAUCGUGGAGCAGGCAGAGGGAGCUGCUGAUGCACCUGUUGCCGUGGUACACAGCUGCUGCUGCAGCAGCUGCCCAGUCCCAGCCAGGCGCGACCUUAUCGAUGCGCUCUUUGGUGAAGGAGGAACCUGACUGGAGAACGGGGAUCAUAGCCAGUGACAGAGUGGGGAUCGUAGGCGGUCCUCUGAGGCUGCGUAGAGGAAGCAGGUUCACCUGGAGGAAGGAGUGCCAGUCGAUCAUGGAGAGCUUCUUCAUGGAGAAUCAGUAUCCAGAUGAGGGAAAGCGUGAGGAGAUUGCCAAUGCCUGUAAUUCUGUCAUCCAGAAACCAGGCUGUAAACUCUCAGAGUUUGAACGGGUGACGGCGCUGAAGGUUUAUAACUGGUUCGCCAACCGUCGGAAGGAGAUGAAGAGAAGGGCAAACAUAGAAGCUGCCAUCUUGGAAAGCCAUGGGAUUGAGGUUCCAAGUCCAAGCUGCCACUCAAACGGUGAAGAGGGAGAGCUGCAAGAGUUUGUAGAUCAGGUGAAUCAUCGGUUCUCAGAGAAGGAGGACACCACUUCCCAGAAAAUCAUUGACCAACAAGAUCGUUGCUCACUGACCACUGGAGAGGCGUUGGCCCCGCCCAGUCCUCAGGGCGUGAAACAGAAGGAUGAUGAUUCAGAAAGGAAAUCUGUCGAUGAGGAGUGACUAAACCCAGCCAAACUUUCAAUCAUCAUAUCUGAUUUUUAUUCAGCCUGAAACAGAACGGUAAAUGCCUCCUGCUCCACCCAUGUGGGACCUUUUGGGCCAAUGGUUGGAGGGUGUUGACGCUCUCUUAGGUGCCUCAGAAAGUGAGGAGGCAACUGCAUUUAUCAACAGUAUUCCUGCUUAUAAUAAUGGCAAUAUACAGUUUAUGUGUAGGUAUAUAAGGUCUACGGUAUAUAAAUCAAUAUAUAUUGCAUUCCAAGAUGGUAUCAAAAUGCCUAAAUCCUGUGAGAGGAUCAUAUGUAAAGGAUACCUCACAACAUAAGCUUUUUCCUGUUUUCUUUGCUACUUGUUUAGUUUCUUCCAGUGUGUGGCUACUGAGUGGAACAUGUUGAGCCUGCAGGUCAGGUUUUAUUGGCUGUUGGAGAGGGUGUGGCUUCUGUCUUCUAAUGAAACAGAAAAAUGCCCCCUUCUUGCUGAGAUGUUUAUUCAAUCAGCAUGUGCUGUUGACACUAAAUCUGUAAAACCUAGAGGGAUAACUGGAAUCUCAGGUAAUCCCAAAGUGACAAGUUGCACCAGAUUUCUUUUUUUUUUUGUCUCAUUAUGUGCAUCCUUUAUGAAAACUGUGUUUUAACGAACGCAGUGUUAUUUAUACUUUCUUUUGUUUUUAAUGGUGUCCAGACUUGAGAUGCUCCCAGGAAAUCAACUGCUGACCAUAAUCAGGCAUCUUUCAGCUUGGUUAUCCCUUAUAGGUGAACAGCCAGUCCAAAAUUACCCCCACUACAUGUACCAUUGUACAUACAAUCAUAUGUAAGCAUGUAGGGCUGAGAGCUACACUCUUCAGUGUGGACAUUGUUAUUGUGGGAAGUACUCAGUCAAUUAUAUAUAUUAUCAGUCAGGAAGUUAAAAUGAAAUCAGAGAAGGCUCUGAGAUUUACGAAGCUUUUAAAAAGGAAAUUUAAAUUUUUUUAAAAUGAAAUCUUGAGACAUAUCUGCUGUUCAUUCAGGCUACGAGAGAGAGCAAGACUUUCAGAACAUAACAGGAAGGCUGAAUAAACUGGUGAAUUGAGCUGAAUAGAGAGUAGGGCCUCACCCAGUCAUCCCAUCCUUCCCGUUUGACACUGUAUCCCCCUAAUUCAGCGAGGUUAUGGAAGUUUUCUGGAAAGUGAAAGCAGCAUCAGCCCCCUUCCCCACUGGAUACCAUUACACCUGUGCAACUAUUGCCCAGGGGUCCUAAAACACAUGUUGAACCUCUUGAGAGUGGCAAAGGAGGGUUUCAAUCUUUAUUUCCAAGGAGCUGAACUCCACUACUCUCAGCCAGUUCAAGAGCAUUGCACUCCUUAAUGUCAAAGGAAAGAUCAUCUUCUCCAUCCUAGCCAAGAAAUUGACUAGCUACCUCACGAGCAACGGGUGCAUUAAUGCCAGAAGGCUUCCCACGGUGCGCGGAACUCUCUGCAGUCGUCUUGGAGCAGAUCCAGAGGGCGAAAGAGAGAGAGGUGACCUGAAUAUGGUGUGGCUUGAUCUUGCCAAUGCAUAUACAGGUCCUUCUCAAAAUAUUAGCAUAUUGUGAUAAAGUUCAUUAUUUUCCAUAAUGUAAUGAUGAAAAUUU